CUUUUCCAAAUAGCACAAAGCCUUUUCCAGCACUAUUGCUAUGCUCGAGGCGGGAUGCGCCAUACUUCCUACACUUGCAUCUGUGGCAGUGGGGAGAACUCCUCUGUUUUACACUAUGGGCAUGCUGGAGCCCCGAAUGACAAGACUAUUGAAGAUGGAGACUUGUGCCUGUUCGAUAUGGGAGGCGAGUACUACUGCUACGGUUCCGACAUCACCUGCACCUUCCCGGCGAACGGGAAGUUCACGCCGGAGCAGCGGGCGAUCUACGAGGCAGUGCUGAGGUCGUCGCGCGCCGUGAUGGCAGCGGUCAGGCCAGGGGUCGCCUGGCCUGACAUGCACCGUCUGGCUGACAGAGUCCAUCUGGAGGAGCUGACGAAAAUUGGCAUUCUGAAAGGCAACGUAGAUGACAUGGUGAAGGUUCAUCUGGGGGCAAUAUUUAUGCCACACGGACUUGGACACCUACUUGGAAUUGACGUGCACGACGUUGGAGGCUACCCAGAGGGGGUGGAGCGCAUCGAGGAGCCGGGGCUGCGCAGCCUGCGCACGGCCCGCACGCUGCAGGCCGGCAUGGUGCUCACCGUCGAGCCGGGCAUCUACUUCAUCGAGACCCUCCUGGAGCAGGCGCUCGGCGACCCCGCGCAGGCCUGCUUCAUCAACAGCGACGUCCUGCAGCGCUUCCGAGGCUUCGGCGGGGUCCGAAUCGAGGAUGACAUUGCGGUGACGGCCACAGGAAUGGAGCUGCUGACGUGCGUCCCACGUACCGUGGAAGAAAUAGAGGCUUUCAUGGCAGAAGGCCGGAGCGGUGCCAAGUCAUUUGACUGACGGUCCAGCCAAAAGCAG